ACCAAACAGCCUCAUCCAUGCACUAAGCAGCUGGACACAAUAGGGACUCCGGCUGGGAAAGGGCAGAAUUUACCCCCCAGCAGGGCAGAGACGGCGGUCGCCGGGGAGACUGGGAUGACGGGACGGUAGCGGCGAGGACUGCGUAGAGAAGAGAUCGCAGCAGACGGGGGGAGCGGAGAGAAUGCCCUGAGGAUGGAGGCCCAGGAGCAGUACAGAGAAUACCAGCGGCUGGAGGACUUCGAGGAGGACUCCCCGCCCGGAGAGGAGGACCUCCUGGUCCACGUACCAGAAGCGGUGAAAGAUUCGUGGCAUCACAUCAAGAACUUGGACAACUUCUUCACUAAGAUCUACCAUUUCCACCAGAAGAACGGCUUUGCCUGCAUGGUGCUGUCCGACUUCUUCGAGCUCGUUCAGUUCCUGUUUGUUGUCACCUUCACCACGUUCCUGUUUCACUGCGUGGAAUACGAUGUUCUCUUUGCCAACAAACCGGUCAAUCACACGCAGUCCGGGGCCGCGCCGGACCGCAACAAGGUGACGCUGACCGAUGCCAUCCUGCCAGCAAACCAGUGCGCCCAGAGGAUUCGGGCCAAUGGUUGGAUUAUCUUCCUUCUCAUCAUGGCCGCCGUCUUCUGGCUCUACCGUCUCAUCAGGAUGUUCUGUAACCUCCUGAGUUACUGGGAGAUCCGCAGCUUCUACAUCCGCGCCCUGAAGAUCCCAUCGGACGAGCUCUGUAACUUCAGCUGGCAGGAGGUUCAGAGUCGCCUGAUCUCCCUCCAGCGGGAGCACCCGAUGUGUGUGCACAAGAAGGAGCUCACCGAGCUCGAUAUCUACCACCGCAUUCUGCGCUUCAAGAACUACAUGGUGGCCAUGAUCAACAAGAACCUCCUCCCCGUCUGCUUCCGCCUCCCGCUGCUCGGAGAAAUCACCUUCCUCAGCCAGGGGCUCAAAUACAACCUGGAGCUCCUCUUCUUCUGGGGUCCGGGGUCUCUUUUUCAGAACAAAUGGAACCUGCAGCCCAAGUACAAGCGCGUGGGGCAGCGGCUGGAGCUGGCGCAGGAGUUGAGCCGCACCAUCGUUCUGCUGGGUUUGGCCAACCUCUUCCUCUGCCCGUUCAUCCUGGUCUGGCAGAUCCUCUACGCCUUUUUCAGCUACACCGAGAUGAUCAAAAGGGAGCCGGGGAGCCUCGGGGCCAGGCGGUGGUCUCUCUACGGCCGGCUCUACCUGCGCCAUUUCAACGAGCUGACCCACGAGCUGCAGGCGCGGCUGAGCCGUGGAUACAAGCCGGCCACCAAGUACAUGAACUCCUUCGCCUCUCCGCUGCUGGCCAUCGCUGCCAAGAACCUGGGCUUUUUCGCGGGGUCCCUUCUCGCCGUCCUCAUCGCGCUGACCGUUUACGACGAGGAUGUCCUCACGGUCCAGCAUAUCCUGACCGCCAUCACCGUGCUCGGCGUCCUCGUCACCGUGGCCAGGUCCUUCCUUCCGGACGAGCACAUGGUGUGGUGCCCCGAGCAGCUGCUGCAGUGCGUCCUGGCCCAUAUUCACUACAUGCCUGACCACUGGCAGGGCCACGCGCACAAGUCUGAGACACGCGACGAGCUGGCCCAGCUCUUCCAGUACAAGGCGGUCUUUAUACUGGAGGAACUCCUGAGCCCCAUCAUCACCCCGUUCAUCCUCAUCUUCUCUCUGCGCCACAAGUCCCUGGAGAUCAUCGACUUCUUCCGGAACUUCUCGGUGGAGGUGGUCGGCGUCGGGGACAUUUGCUCGUUUGCCCAAAUGGACAUUCGGAAGCACGGAAACCCUCAGUGGCUUUCCGACGGUCAGACGCAGGCCUCGGUGUAUCAGCAGGCCGAGAACGGGAAGACCGAGCUGUCCCUCAUGCAUUUCGCCAUCACGAACCCGCACUGGCAGCCGCCGCUGGAGAGCUCCGUGUUCAUCGGCCACGUGAAGGAGAAGGUUCAGCAGGACGCUGCCCACGCGCCGCCUGCCCAGCAAAUCCUAUGCGACGUCCCCAUCUGCAGCUCCCUCCUGUCUAACGAGUCCGGGACCGCGCCGGAUAACCUGUUGGCCAGCGUCCUCGUCCACCCCAUCCUGACCGCCAGCGGGUUACCCACUAAGGAUCGCCGAUUCGCUCAGCCAACCACCACCGCGUCGGCCGCCGCCAGCGUCCUCGCCUCCCUCUCCGUGUCGCAAGUGUCGGGACGUGCGCAGGGGGCUCCGGGCGACGGCUCCAUGUACCGCAGCGACAGGACCGUCCUGCAGGAGAGCAUGUCUCGCAGUGACCCCCAGCUCCAGAGCAUCUCUCGCUCCUCCCUCCUGGCCUCGGAAUUCGCCUCGGCAGAGAUGAGUCUCCACGCCAUUUACAUGCACGAGGUGCACCAGACUCAGGGUGGCUCCCAGCGGCCCCUGGGCAUGUGGCAGGCGGCCGAUCUCUCCCCUCAUCAGAAGCAACAAACCAGCGUGAGGCCAGGACCCCUUGGUGGAUACCGUGGUUUGCGUCUCGGUGGAUGGGAGGAGGAGGAGGGUCAGCUGCAGGAGGUGGAGGAGAGCGGCCCCCCGCAGAGCGGCUCCGCAGGACACAGCACAAGCAGCAGCAGCAGCUAACGUGCCUUAACCGGGUCCCACCAUCUGCAGGACGGGAUCCACGUCUCCGUGUUUCUGGAUUGUGUGAGAAUGCUGAGUGUGCCCUCCGUGGCCCGGCCGUGGCAGACGUGGCCGGAUUUAUUUAUCGUUUUGCGAGUAAAGGUGCCACUUGAGGUCACCGCGAGUGUUUUUUUUUCUGCCGGAGACACCUGCUGUCUAAUGCCCCCUGUCUCUCCCGCCACGGUCCGUGGUCCUCUCGGGCACCGGAAGCGGAUUUCCUAUUUAUUUGCACAGUGUUAUUACGGAUUUACCCAAACGUGGACGAGCGGCCUUCACGUGGCUCUGGGGAACUUUCUCCACGUCCGGUGCCCGGCCCCAGGUUAUGUGGCUGGACACGUUAUUGUCCGGUGGUUCCUGAUUCUGGUGGCUUUAUGUGAUGGAGACUUUUUGCCUGUCGGGGCAGGAGCUGCCCGGUGCUUCAUAAACGUGGCUCUGUGGC